AACUGAGAAAAUGAAGUCACAUCAAGUGCGGAUGUUUUACCACGUGUGUUCGUUGUGGACAUUGCUAUGCCUGAUGCCGUGGCCAUCGCUGGCUGCCAUGAGUAGGGAUUCCAGCAACUGUAUGGAGGGCUCGGUGGAAGCCGACCCGCAGGACUGUGCGAGCUACUUUCAGUGCCUUGACUCGGUCAUCCUCCAUCAGCAGUGCCCCGCAGGAGCCUACUACGAGGCCAGUUAUCAGGUGUGCGUCAUCGACGACAAGGGCAUCUGUUCGCCCGCAUCCAAUAAGUGCAUCGAGGGAGAGCUGACAGAGGAUCCCGCGGAUUGUGCAGGAUAUCUACAAUGCAUCGAUGGCGACUUUGUGAAGCAGAAGUGUGCGCCUGGAAGCUACUUUAAUCUGAUAUCGAAAAUCUGUCUCGUGGAUGGCAAUGUGUCGUGUUCUCCUCAGCAGGAGAGGUGCAACGAUGGAGAGCUCAGUGGGGACCCCGAAGAUUGCGCUCGCUACCUUCAAUGCGUGAAUGGCGUUCUCGUGAAGGAGAGGUGCAACAAAGGAAGCUAUUUCGAUGUGAAUUUAAACAUGUGUAUUGUUGAUGUGGACGGAGUCUGUGUUUCCUCCGAGAAUUGCACCGAAGGAGAGCUUGAAUCAGACCCGAAUGACUGUGCCGGAUACUUAAAGUGCAUCGAUGGGUACCUCGAGGAACAACAGUGCUCCAGCGGCAGCUACUUUAAUUCCAGCCUCAAGAUCUGUCUUGUUGAUGUGAAUGGCAUCUGUGUAGCGCCUCCCGCAAACUGCACAGAAGGAGAGUUGGAUGUGGACCCCAACGACUGCGCCGGAUACCUAAAGUGCAUCAAUGGCCAGUUCGUGGAAGAGCAGUGCCCCAGUGGCAGCUACUUUGAUGCCAAAAUGGAGCUUUGCUUGAUCGACGUGGACGGAAUCUGUCUGCCAACUGUGCGAAAGUGCACCGAGGGAUAUAUGGAAGAAGAUCCCGAAGAUUGCGCCGGAUACCGGCAGUGUAUAAGCCAGGAGCUUGUGCAACUGAAGUGUGAUCCUGGCAGCUACUUUAAUGCCACAGAGAGCAGCUGCCUGAUCGACCAGGAUGAAGUAUGUGUGUCGCUGGUGGAAAGAUGCUCAGAGGGCGAACUGAUGCAGGAUGCCGCAAACUGUGGGGGAUUCUUGAUCUGUGUCGAUGGGCUGUUUGUGGCCAAGAACUGUGGCAGCGGAGAAUACUUCCAUCCAGGUGUCCAGGAAUGCUUAGAAGAUGACCAAAACAUUUGCCAUAGCAAGUGCCGAUGUGUGUCAAGUGCCAAGGGCAGAUGCGUUGAGGGCAAACGGGUGGCGGAUCCCCAGGACUGUGGGGCCUAUCUGGAAUGCAUCGACGGGCAGCUCGUGGAACAGAUAUGUUCUGGUGGCACUUACUUCGAGACCACAAUUGGGGGCUGUGUUAUCGACGAGAAACACUUCUGCGUGGAUGGCGAGCGGAAGGAGGAGUAAGAAUGAGAGCCCUAAUGCACAAUAAAUUAUCUCGAUUUGCCGACUUCCCCGCCGA